GAAUAACAAAAAAAAAUCUUCAAGUUUGAACGGCAUUGCAUUACGGUUAUGGCAACAAAGAGCAAGAUUCUGUUUAUCGGAGGGACUGGUUAUAUCGGAAAAUUCAUCGUGGAAGCGAGCGCAAAAGCCGGCCAUCCGACAUUUGUACUCGUAAGAGAGUCCACUCUCACUAGCCCUGCUAAGUCCAAGAUCAUCGAGAAUUUCAAGAGCCUUGGCGUCAAUUUUAUUCCCGGAGAUUUAUAUAAUAAGGAGAGUUUGGUGAGCGCGAUUAAGCAAGUGGACGUGGUGAUAUCAACAGUGGGUCACGCUCAAUUAGGCGAUCAAGACAAGAUUAUUGCUGCAAUUAAAGAGGCUGAUAACAUUAAGAGAUUCUUUCCUUCAGAAUUUGGUAAUGAUGUUGAUCGUGUGAAUGCUGUCGAGCCAGCGAAAACAGCAUUUGUGACAAAGGCUAACAUCCGUCGCACUGUUGAGAAAGAAGGAAUUCCAUACACCUAUGUAUCAAGUAGUUUCUUUUCUGGCUACUUCCUUCCCACUUUGGCACAAACUGGAGCCACAUCUCCCCCAAGAGAUAAAGUUGUCAUCUUAGGAGAUGGAAACCCAAAAGCAAUUUUUAACAAGGAAGAAGAUAUUGGAACCUACACCAUCAGAGCAGUGGAUGACCCAAGAACCUUGAACAAAAUCCUUUACCUAAGACCUCCUGGCAACAUUUACUCAUUCAAUGAUCUCGUUUCUCUGUGGGAGAAAAAGAUUGGAAAAACCCUUGAAAGGGUCUACGUAUCAGAGGAGAAACUUCUGAAGAACAUUCAAGAAGCUUCGGUUCCUCUGAAUGUGUUAUUAUCUAUUAACCAUUCAGCGUUUGUGAAGGGAGACCAUACCAACUUUGAGAUUGAACCAUCGUUUGGAGUUGAAGCCUCAGCGCUUUAUCCUGAUGUCAAGUACACCACUGUGGAUGAAUACCUCAAUCAGUUUGUGUAAAUCAUCUUUGUUUAUCUGCAGGAUCUCAAUAAUCAAUAUAAUCUAUAUGUUGUCGGCUCUCAUGGUAGUUUGAUUUCUGUGCUUUUUCAUGUAUUUGAUGUUACCUAGCAAUAAUAAGUAAACUUGUGCUAUUUUCUCUACA